UGUGCAGGGUGUUUUCAAAGCACAGGCCAUCGUCCACGCCCGCACCUGUGCCCAGGUAGAAUGACCGAGAACAGCGUGCUCCUGAGCCUGAAGCAGCGCUACAUGUGGGGUGGAGCGCCCAUCCCGGCCACGCAGUGCGACGCCGCUAACAGUGCCCUGGAAUUGCUCCGCCUCAAUAUCCAGGAACCCUUCAGCAGGGAGGUCCUGGGCAUUGUGGCCAAGUUCCGAGAGAAAUACUUUCUGCCGGCGAUGAAGAACAUCAAGGAGAACCUGGGCGAGAACUCAAUCACUGAUGAACAGAUUCACAGGGUUUGCGUGGCUCUGUUGGCGGGAGCGAAGGACUUUCUGGAGGCCAUGUGGACGGACGACGAUGAAGGCAGUCAAGGAGAGUCAUCGAGUGGCAAGGCAUUGCCCCGGAAGCGAAAGGAACCGGACAAUGACUCUCCAACACCAUCAAAGCGCCCAAAUCUCCUCCCUGACACUCCGCAAAUGUCCGCAUCGCGAUCCCAGAAACUCCCAAAACCUGACACAGGAUUCGUUCUGGAAUCACAAGCUUGCAAGGUGUUCGAUAGAGAGAAAAUUCUGACCAAACAUCCCGAAUUGUCUCACUACCAGCCAGACUUCCAAGACAGGGAGUAUUUAGUUACCCAGAAGAUCAUCCCUAGCAAGAGUUGCCCAGCCACACUUCUUCUCCACGACGAGUUGCUGAAACUCGCCGAGACUCGCACAGAAUACAGGAGUUUCGUCAAGACGUCAGACCUGCAGCUUUUCCGCCUGCCUGAGUUCAUCCUCAAAAAGAUGAUUCCGGCAGUGUCGGAUGCGACCAAGAAGCCUAAGAGUUCCCUCAGCUCCUCCCAUGCCACCCUGUCCGCCCUCCUGGCGAAACAGACGGAUCCACCGGCCGAGGAUACGUAAAGACAUUUGGCAUCCGCUUUGCUUGAGCUUCUGCUGAUUUGAGGAUCUUAGUCCCAUCCCGUUUCAAGGUUUCACGGCCCGCUGAAUAGACUCGCUACGAAUUUGAACUCUUCCCAUCACUUUGGAUUCCAAUUAAUCGAGUGGAUCAAUGUAAUGUUACUUAUAUUAUAGAUCUUAAGAUAGUCAAAGGAAUUUAGAGAAAGUCGAGAGAGAGAAAGAGAUUAUAUGUGAGAAAAUAGAGGUUUCCGGAUAGUAGAAUAAAUAAAAUAUUACCAAUAUAAUAAU